AUGAAAGUGCAACACCUUCUUUUGAUUUUAGUGUCAGUGGGACUAACAACACAUUUUACAACAACAAGUACAACAAAAACUGCAAUAAUAACGACUGAAUGUGGAGGUUUGGGGUGUAAAAGUUGUUCCAUUGAGUAUGACUACGACACAUACCCACCAACAAAGUAUGAGUCUUGUGUUAUUUGUAAUAACGGGUUUUAUCAAGUUUCAGAUAGUAAAGGGGUACUCUCUUGCAAAUCAUGUGGAACUGGAUGUGGCACAUGUUCCAGUGCGAGUGCUUGUUCAGUGUGUUCGAGUGGCUACAUGCUCAACUUAGAAAAAACAUGUACUAAUUGUUCAGUGUAUGACACAAAUUGUAUCUCAUGUGACUCAUCAAGGUGCCUUGGUUGUAGCACAAGGUUAUCUCUCUUCAAUGGUGUAUGUACAAGUUGUUCUGGAAUAUUUAAUUCUUGUAAAAGUUGUACAAAAACGAGUUGUACAGAAUGUUUGAGCAGUUAUGUCCUUCGUGACGGUGUUUGUAUCCUCAAGACGGUAUUUGCUCCUGAUAAUUCAUGUGUUGAAUGGAACGCCACAGAUUGUACACAGACAGCUGAUGGAUACUCUGUUGAUGAAAAUGGAAAUAUAUUCAGUUGUUUGGAUAUUUGGUAUGGGUGUGGGUCCUGUACUAAGGAAAAGUGUUUGACAUGUAGAAACGAUUUAGAAAUGACAGCGUCUGGAUUAUGCCCAGACCAAGACUUUACUAAUGCAUCUCCAACACUUUUUUAUUGUUUAUCAUGCGUCAAAGAAUACAAUUGCACAGGGUGUUCAACAGGUAGUUGUUCUGCAAAUAGUUGUCUGAGUGGGUAUUUUCGUUCAUAUGCACAAACCCAAAACAAAUGUCUUGCAUGUGAAGAUGCAAUUGUCGGAUGUUCUGUGUGUAAAACUGGCACUCCAAUAACAUGUACAACAUGUAAACCCGGUUACUUCAAAAAUGGCACGAAUUGUGCUCAAUGUUUAAAUUGUGGAAACUUGGGGUGUGACACAACUGGGAAAUGUGUCGACUGUGAAGAUUACUACAUCAAAAAUUAUGAUGGAAAUUGUUUGCUUAAUUCAUUAAAUAAUUGUCAAACGUCUGCAUACUCCCGAUGCACCAAAUGUGUUUCAGGAUAUCAUCUGAUUGGUGGGUGGUGUUUCAAAGAAACUUCAAUGAAUUUAGGAACCGAUACAGGCAAAGGAGUAUAUGUUGAGGAACAGAGUUCAUGCACCGGUGACUUAAAACUUGAAAAUGUCUGUGUUUCAUGUCAACAAUAUGUUGACAAAUGCACUCAGUGUAUUUAUAACACAUCACUUCAAAUUGAUGUCUGUGUCGCUUGCGCACUUGGGUAUUACCCAAAUGGCGAAGAAUGUAUUCCAUGUUCAAAAGGUGGCUGUGCGACGUGUCAGAACUACAGUACAACUUUGGAACAAAAGUGUUACUCAUGUUUGAAUGGAUACUACUUAGAAAAUAACAAAUGUUUUGAGUUGGUCAAUUGUACAACUGCCGUGGGUGAAGUUUGUACACUAUGCAAAAGUGAGAACUUGUUAUAUGAAGGAAGGUGUGUACAUUUUAGUAUUAUGUCGGGGUGUGUUGCUGCAAGUAACAACAGCUGCACAAGUUGUUCGUCACGAUAUUAUUUGGACCAAACAACAAAAGAGUGUCAAGUGUGUUCGCUUACCAACUGCAACACGUGUAUGUCAGCAGAAAGUUGUUCAACAUGUGUGACUGGAUACACUUUGUCAGAAGGACAAUGCAAACUGUGUGAUAUCGGAGGGUGUGAACAGUGCUCAAAUACAACUUAUGCAUGUGAUGUUUGUGAUUCGAAUCACAUUUUGAGUAAUACUAAAUGUGAUCUCUGUGCAACACAAUAUUCAAAUUGUUUACAGUGUUCGUCAAGUAAAUGUACAAAUUGCAUUUUUGGGUUUUACCUUGAAAACGGCGAGUGUAAACCAUGCUCUUCAAUUGAAGGGUGCACCAUUUGUAACUCAAAUGAAAAAGUGUGUUCAGUUUGCAAUUCCACGGGAUACUAUCUUUCUGUGGGGACAUGCAAGGCAUGUGAUACUGUUACUUCUGAAUGCGUUGAAUGCCCAUCAGGUGUUUGUACCAAAUGUGAUGUUGGGUUUUACUUUAAUGGAAAUUCAUGUUCCGAGUGUGCGAAUAUUAAUGGAGGAUGUGCAACUUGUAAUCAAUCUAAAGCCGAGUGUUUAACAUGUAAAAGUGGCUACAAACAAGAAAGUCUUGUUGGGGGAGGAGUUUCAUGUAAAACUUGUCAAGAAAUUACACCCAACUGUGCUUCUUGUAACAAUAAUUUUGUAUGUAUUGAAUGUAAUUCCGAGGCAUACACUUUAAAAAGUGGGAAAUGUGUAUCAUGUGGUACCGCGUUUGCUAAUUGUAACACUUGUGACAAAACAAAGUACUCUUGUAAAACUUGUAAUUCAAAAAGUUAUUUUGUGAAUUCGACAACUGGAGCCUGUGAUCUGUGUUUGGAUACAACAUCAAAUACAUGUAAAACAUGCGACUCCCCAACUGUGUGUUUGUCGUGUUCUGAUGGGUAUUACUUGUCUUCGUCUUCCUGUAAUAAGUGCAAUACCCUCACAAAUUGUCAAAAUUGUACCACAAAUGGGAAGUGCACAAAUUGUACAAUAGGGUAUCCGAAUAAUGGUGUAUGCAGUGCGUGUACCACUAUUAGUUCAGCUUGUUUAACGUGUUCAACAAUAGAAGCAAAGUGUUUGACGUGUUUAUCUGGUUACUAUCUUAAAGGAAGCACAUGUGAUGUGUGCAACAAUGUUGUAACGAAUUGUGCUGUGUGUCCGAAUGCAAAAUGUACACAAUGUAAAGAAGGGUACUCUCUCACUGAAAAUAAGUGUGUUUUGUGUUCGGAUAUCAGUGGGUGUGUGAUGUGCUCCACGACUGAAUCUGGUUGCAAAAUGUGUGAAAAUAACAUUGAAGCAGUUGGUGGCAAGUGUACAACAUGUAAAGACGUUAAUUGUGACAGUUGUCCUACUUCAAUAGAUGUUUGUGAGAAAUGUCUCUACAAGUAUUAUUUGUCCAAUGGUGGAUGUUUGGACUGUUCGACACAAAUUGGUUGUUCUGAGUGUAGUCAAAUUGAUGAUUCGUGUGCUGAUUGUGAUGAAGGAUACUUUAAAAAUGGAAAUUGGUGUUCUAAAUGUGGAGACAAUUGCAAAGAAUGUUCAUCGAACGCUAUUUGUAUUGAAUGUAAUGACACUUACGUUCUAAAAAUGGAUAACAGCUGUGGUGAUUGUGCGACGUCUAUUCCGGGAUGUGAAAGUUGCUCAACAACUGGAUUCACAUGCACGAGCUGUGGAAAUGGUUACUUUUUGAAAGAUGGAACGUGCAGCUUAUGCUCUGGUGAGUCUUCGAUAUGUGAGAAGUGUGGUUACACAACUCAGUUUGUCUGUGAAAAGUGUAUUGGAAAUUACGUUGUAAACAAUGGGAAUUGUGUUUCGUGUGGAUAUGGGUUUUUCUCAAACAAUGGAAUAUGUGAGCAGUGCAGUAAUUUGAUGGCUGGUUGUUCACAGUGUCAUCAAAAUGCAGAACUUGGAGGAGAUGGUUUUGUGUGUGAUUAUUGUAGUGAAGGAAAUGGAUUUGAUGAUCAAGGAAAUUGCAAAUUGUGUUUAACAGUUGUUAACAAUACGGGGAGAUGUGUUGAAUGUGGCAGUUCGUGUGAAUUAUGUGUUAACAGCACUUAUUGUGUUAAAUGUAAAAUAGGGUUAGUAUUAAGGAGUGGUGUAUGCAGUGAAUACAUUAAUUCCGAGUUUUGUGUCAAAGCCGAAAUAACGUCAAGUAUUGGAUGUGAGUCAUGCAAAUACUCCAUCUCACCAAGUGGGAUAUGUGUUGCUUUGGAAACAAAUAACACGUGUGCUUUCUAUACUGAACCAGAGAAGAAUGUAAUAACAUGUAAUUUAUAUUAUCCAACAACAAAAAAGUUUGGAAAAGGUGCUUUAUUCUGUGCUUUUGAGUCGAAAGGAGGGUGUUUUAAAUGUAAAGCUACGUCGACUUUAUUAAAUGUGAAUCCACCAACUUGUACAUCUUGUUUAACUGAUGGAUGUAACCAAUGUAAAAACACCUCAAUUUGUAUGAGUUGCAUUUCUGGGUAUUAUUUUGAAGAUGACACGUGUUCUAAAGAUGAGUUGUGUGUGAGUGGUAAAGGUAAUUGGUGUUCUGAAUGUACGAUUGGAUAUGGACUUAAGACUGGAGUAUGUUAUAACUGUGGGGAAGGUUGUUCUCUUUGUGACGAUACAUCAUGUUUUGAGUGCAAAGAUGGAUACAUUUUUAAUAGUAGAAUAUGUGUUGCAAACAAUGUUGCUAACUGUUUAUUUUUUUCCAACUCGACUUGCAUUCUAUGUAAUGAAAAUUAUGUAAAAACGUCGAAUGGAAAUUGCGAACGACUUACAACUGAAAAUUGCAAAUUUGAGAGUGUAGAUAACAACAAUAAUGUCAAAUGUAAAGUGUGUGAUAAUAACACAAUACUGAGCCAAGACAGUUAUGGUAAAUAUAUUUGUGGUACGGAAAAGAUGGCAAGGUGUGACAUUGCCAAUGAGUUCGGGUGUGAACGGUGUAUUGAAGGGUAUUAUUUAACAGGAGGGGAGUGCAAAGUGUGUGACUCGAAUUGUAAAACAUGUGCGAGUGAAUCAACACGAUGUGUUACAUGUAACUUUGGGUAUUCAUAUGACAAGAACACAUUUACAUGUAAAGCAAUUGGUGCUUUAUCUGAACGAUGCGAUACAUUCCUCCCAACUUCUACGGGCUGUGUAUUUUGUAAAGAUGGGCAUUUCUUGUCCCAACAAGAUUGUAUCAAGUGUGACAUAUCAUGUCUUACAUGUAUCAAUGAAGCAACAAAAUGUUUAGAAUGCAACAUGACGGCUGGAUACUUCUAUGACACCAAACAAGGUAUCUGCGUUCAUGAGUCGAAAAUAACCAAUUGUCUUAAUAUCACAUCAAAUGGGUGCAUAUUAUGUGAGGAUGGAUUUUACAUUGACUCUCAAUACUGUUCCAAAUGUGACGAAGUAUGUACAACAUGUAGUUCAAAAUCCGGUUCCCAACAAUCUGAUUGUACUUCAUGCAACAAUUCAUUCAUUUUGCUCCCGACAUCUUCUUUAAUUAGUACCUGUGUUCCGUUUAACGAAGUAGAACACUGCUUGGCUGAAGAAAACAACAAGUGCAGUUUGUGUGAAAAUGGUUAUGAAGUGUCAAGUUCAGGUACCGAAUGUGUUUCGCAUAAAAAUUACUUUAUGAUAAUAGGCGUACCUGUUAUAGUCGUCGUCCUUGUUAUUCUUAUUAUCUUAACAGUCGCCUGCAUAGUAAUUUUUAAAAUUUCAAAUAAAUUAAGAAAAAGAAAGAAACAAAGUAAUGUGUGUGAAUUUGAAAUCAAACGUUCAAACAUCAAUUUUGAAGUUCUAAAUAAAGAAUGUGGACUGCUAACAAACAAAAAGACGAUUGUCUUUGAAGGAAAUGACGAUCAAAAAGAAUCUAUUCCAGUGGGAACUCAGACCAAAGAUAUUUUUUGUAUUGGUAACUCAAAUACCCACACCCUUAAAAUACAGAUAUCAAUUAAAAAUUCUGAAAAGUUUUCACUUCAAGUGACACCUUCAUUAAUCACCUUAAAGAAAGGCAGAGCGUGUGAAUUCGAAAUCUUUAUAACUCCAAACUUUACGUGUAAAAUUGAUGAUCAAUUUGUUGUGACUUGUCUAGAUCCUCGAAAAGGUGUUGAGUAUAGUAGUACGAUACGAUUAAAAGUUGAGACUGAGAUUACCACACACCUUGAUCCCGACGAGUUAGAUACAGAAAAGAAGUUAGGUGAAGGCUCCUUUGGAAUUGUGUAUUUAGGUACUUUUAGAGGAAACAAAGUAGCGAUCAAAAAGAUGAAAAGUGUCACCACUACUACCGAUAUAUUUGAAGAGUUUACAAACGAAAUAGAGAUGAUGGACAAAUUCCGCAGUGAGUAUAUCGUCCACUUUUAUGGUGCUGUUUUAGUUCCAAAUCGAAUAAGUAUGGUCACCGAGUAUGCACCAUAUAGUUCUUUAUAUGAUUUAAUAAAAACCAAAGCAGACGACACAAUAACACUUCACUUAAGACUUAAAAUGAUGUUAGACGCUUCAAAAGGCAUUCUAUAUUUGCACUCCAAUGGGAUCUUACACAGAGACAUCAAACCUGAUAACAUUUUGAUUUUUUCUAUGGAUCUAACGCAUGGAAUAAAUGCCAAACUCACUGAUUUCGGGUCAUCAAGAAACAUCAACAUGUUAAUGACUAACAUGACAUUCACAAAAGGCAUUGGAACACCAACUUACAUGGCGCCUGAAGUUCUAGAUCAAAAGAAGUACAAAACAGCUGCAGAUAUAUACUCUUUGGCAAUAACAAUGUACGAGUGUUUCGGGUGGUGUAAAGCGUACAAUACACCCAAAUUCAAAUUCCCAUGGAAAAUCGCCGAAUUUGUGAUCUCUGGAAACCGGUUAGAAAAAGCAGUUAAUAUGAAUCAAACGUGUUUCGAUCUGAUUCAAAAGACUUGGAGACAAGUCCCUGAAUCACGUAUUGAUAUCAACAACAUUAUUGAAUCCCUCCAAAACUUGAUGGAUUGCUAA